CUGAUCACCUCUGUUUUUCAAUCAGCUUCCAGUUUGCCAUCUUGUGAGCGUGGAGCUUUGCUUGCCAUUUCGUGACUAGAAAUACCGAUCAGAGGGUUUGGCCCGAGAAACGCAGAUUGGUGGAGCUGUGUCAGCUGUUCAUGAUGGCUUCCAAGUUUUGUGCUCUGUGCCUUCUAGUGGCAUGCCGCUGGACUCGGCCCCGGCCAUAUGAGUGGUCGCCACACCCUUGCCGCGUACAGCGUGGUCGACACAGCCCAGAGUAAAUGCUUCGGGGUCCAAGACGCCAUGACCUGCCCAGCGAGUGGUGCAUUCUUUGGCCAAGAUGCACAAUACAACGGCCUUCAGCCCAGCUACACCGACAAUAUUGAUGGCACUGUGACGGAUGCAAAUACCGGUCUCAUGUGGCAAAAGGAUCCAGGGUCCAAAAUGCAGUAUGCUGAUGCAGUAGCAGCUGCCGGCAGCUUCACCUUGGCGGGUCAUAGUGAUUGGAGGGUGCCAAGCAUCAAGGAGUUGUACUCUUUAAUUCUGUUCAGUGGACGAGAUGUCUCUGGGGUUCAAAGUACAGACGCAUCAGCUUUGACUCCCUUCAUCGACUCCUCCUUCGGCUUUCAGUAUGGCAAUGUGACCGCAGGGGAGCGCGUCAUCGACUCUCAGUGGGUCACCUCCAAUGUCUAUGUUUCCACCGUGAUGAACCAGCAGGAGUGCUUCUUUGGUGUCAACUUCGCGGAUGGUCGAAUCAAGUGUUACCCCACCUCCUCCAAUGCAGAUCCGGCCUCUCCCAGCGGAAAUUCACCUGGUGGUGGAUGUACCGAGGGCUCUGGCCCUUGUGCGGCUGGAGCAUGUCCUGAUGGUCCACCUCCGGAUGGCUUGUGCCCAGAUGGGUCCAAGCCGCCGCCGCCCAGUCGACGACUGGCGUCGCUGGGAUAUUUUGCCAUCUAUGUACGCGGCCCGGCGUAUGGAGAGAAUCAGUUUGCAAAGAUUGAAAAUGCCAACAAUUCAUCCAGCUCUGUCAUUAGUGAUGCAGCCACCAACUUGACUUGGAUGCUUGAAGAUAGUGGCCAAGGGCUUUCCUGGCAAGAGGCUCUUGCAUACUGUGAGAGUUCCUCACAUGCUGGCUUGACAGACUGGCGACUGCCAAAUGCGCACGAACUGCAUACCAUUGUGGACUACAGCCGCUCCCCAGACACCACGAGCUCAGCGGCGAUCGAUCCGCUCUUCGCAGUGAGCUCCCUGACGAAUGAGGCCGGACAGACAGACUACCCCUUCUAUUGGACCAGCACAACGCAUGCGACAGAGGGACCAGUGGAGGGUGGCUAUGCCGUGUACAUCGGCUUCGGCCGGUGUCUUGGCAAGAUGAAUGAUCAAUGGAUCGAUGUUCAUGGUGCUGGCUGCCAGCGGAGUGAUCCAAAGACAGGAGAUGCUACGAGCUAUCCCGACGGGCACGGCCCCCAAGGGGAUGCCGUAAGAAUUCAGAACCAUGUUCGCUGUGUGCGGACUGGUACCCUUUCCUCAAGCACUGACCCCAUCUCAAUGUCCAGGGCCGGCGAGGCCAGGUUUUGGGGGUUCUUGGCUGCUUUGCUGCCUCUGAGUGGUUUCUGAUCGGACCAGAGGUGAUGUUCCAGCCACGCGAUCGGGAAGAUGUAGGAGAGCGAAAGUGUCCAAGACAAGUUCGGAGCUCCUGGCACUGGCCUGCAUGAUCGCAAGACCGUACAGCAUUGCAGGAAACAA